AUGGCGACCACAAGCACCGACUGGCCUGACCGCUACUAUGAUAUAGACCAAAUAUUGGAGAAGCCCGGGCCCCGUACCGACCCCGACUUUCUAGCAGGCGACGGUGUUAAAGAGUUCUUGCGAACAAAGGCCAAGAUCCUCGUCAUCGGCGCCGGUGGCCUGGGUUGUGAAAUUCUAGCCAAUCUCGCGUUAACUGGAUUCAAAGACAUCCAUGUCAUCGACAUGGACACCAUCGACAUUAGCAAUCUCAAUCGCCAGUUCCUUUUCAGACCAAAGGAUGUUGGACGACCCAAAGCAAUUGUCGCGGCCGAGUUCAUCAUGAAUCGCGUCCCGGGCGUACAAGUCACACCAUACUAUGGCAAAAUCCAGGAUAAAGGCGACGAUUAUUACCUCCAGUUCAACCUGGUCAUCUGCGGUCUUGACUCGGUUGAAGCUCGCCGAUGGAUGAGCGCCACUCUUGUCAACUUAGUCGAUCCGGAGAACCCAGAGAGUCUGAAGCCUCUGAUAGAUGGAGGAACUGAGGGUUUCCGUGGUCAAGCACGAGUCAUCCUGCCCACAAUCACCUCCUGUUAUGAGUGCUCUCUCGACAUGCUGAACAAGCCCACCGCCUUCCCUAUUUGCACAAUUGCCAACACCCCCCGACAACCAGAGCACUGCAUCGAAUGGGCGUCUGUCUUGGAGUGGCCUCGUAUUCAUGGCCCCGACAAGAAGUUGGACAAUGAUGACCCCGAACACAUUACCUGGUUAUAUAAUCUAGCCUCCGCCCGUGCAAAAGAAUUCAACAUUGAGGGUGUCACUUGGUCUCUCACUCAAGGAGUUGUAAAAAAUAUUAUUCCUGCAAUCGCAUCAACCAACGCGAUCAUCGCUGCGUCAUGCUGCAAUGAGGCGUUCAAGAUCGCGACGAGCUCUGCUGCGUUCCUCAACAACUAUUUCAUGUUAAUCGGCACCGACGGGGUCUACUCAUAUACUUUCGAGCACGAAAAGCGCGACGACUGUCCUGUUUGCGGUGGUAGCUCUCUCGACCUCCCGAUCAGCUCUGAAAUGACGGUUGAACAACUGAUCGAACUCCUUAUCGAGAGGCAAGAUGUUCAAAUCAAGAAGCCCUCAUUGUCCAGCGACUCGACACAGAUUUAUCUGCAAGCACCGCCAGACCUGGAAGCGGCCACGCGCCCCAACUUAACCAAGAAAGUUCAAGAUUUGGUCGCAGCAGGAGGCGAAAUCACUGUCACUUCUCGCAGCUUACCGUUCAGUCUCUCCUUGCGAAUCAGUUAUACCUGA